CUGCGCCCGGCGGGGAAGAGGCGGGCGCUCGGCUCGCCAUGGCCGCCGCGGUCCGGCUGUGAGCGGCGUCCACCCCGCGGUCCCGGGCCGCCCGGGCCAUGCGGCCUCCGCCGCUGUGGCCGCUGUGGCUGCUGCUCGGUGGCCUCGGCGCCGCUGCGCCCCCGCUAGACUCUUUUUCCCAGCUUGCUGCGCCUCAGCGUCUAGAACUUCACCUGUACAAUGACGAGCAGACUCUAAGUUGGGAGCCGUCACCCCCCAGCAACGACACGAGACCGGUGGUCUACCAGGUGGAGUAUAAAUACUUCGAUGGUUCCUGGAAUAAGUUCAACAGGGUAAAUUGCACCGACAUCACAGUGACCAAGUGCGACUUCACAGGAGGCAGCCGCUUCAAGGGUUUCUCCGGUUUAUACAGUGUUCUCUUGAGAGUUCGAGCCAAGCAGGGGGAGCGCACCUCUGACUGGGUUACCUUGACUUGGUUUCAACGCUACUGUAAUGUUACUGUUGGACCUCCAAAAAACAUCUCAGUGACCCCAGGAAAAGGAUCGCUCAUCAUUCACUUCUCACCUCCCUUUCCUGUGACGAGGGACGCAACGUUUGAGUAUCGUGUCCAUUACUGGGAAAAAACAGGAACCCAACAGGUGAGAGGUCCUUUCAAGGAGAACUCUGUCGUGUUGAGUAAUUUGAAGCCAUUCAGCGUAUACUGUUUACAAACCGAGGCACAACUCACUGUGAGAGACAAAAACAUCUGUCGGCCUGGGCUUUCGUUAAGCAACGUAACUUGCCAUGAGACAACAGGGGAUGCCUCCAACAGGCUGCAAGUCAUCCUGAUCCCCAUGGGAACCUUUUUAUUGCUACUGGUGCUGACUGGGACCUGCUUCUUCCUGUUCCUCAGAUACCAAAGCCGGGUGAAGUACUGGUUUCAAGCUCCACCUAACAUCCCGGAACAAAUAAAGGAGUAUUUAAAGGACCCAGACCAGCCCAUCUUAGAUGCCUUGGACAAGGACACUUCCCCAAAGGAUGAUGCCUGGGACUCUGUGUCGAUCGUUUCCUCUCCAGGAAAGGAGCAGAAUGUGCUGCACAUACUGUGAGCCAGGCACCGGUCCCUGCUUGCCCAGGAGGACAAUACAGGACACUGCUGCCAUUUGUCCUGGACUCUGCAGAGACCACCAAUGCUCUAGGGACUUCCGCCUCAGGAAGGCCUUUCAGGGGGAAGAUGAUAUACUGCUUAUUCUUUAUGAGUUGUCCAGAUCAUACAAGUAUCUAAACGGAUUCCAUGAAAAAUAUCUCAGGAAAGAAAGGUUUCUCUUAAACACUAAAAAGGUACAGUCACUUACUGGCGGCAUAGCUGCCAGCUCAUAAUGCUCUCUCUCCCUUGUGAGCAGCCCUGGCUGUCCCAGCCAUUCCAGCCUGUCACAAAGAGGGGCCCUUCGUGUCCCCUUCAUGUCCAGUGUGAUGGCCUAAAUGCAACUAUCCUAGGUCCAUCCUGCACCUCACGCACAGCAGUGAUUAAUCUUGUAAAUAGUGUCAUGAUAAUUUAAGUAGUUUUUCAAAGCUAGAAAUAAAGGAUUGUAUAUUGAACUUUUUAA